GCGGAAGAAAUAGACGAAAGAGAUGUUUUAUACAAAAGUGUCCAACUCGAAGUUCGAGGCCACGAUCCAGCAGUUCUUAGUAGUUACCGCUCCUUUUUUACUACCGCUUGCACCAAUCUGUCGAUAGAUCACCAAACCGAGGUUCGCAACAGACCCAUCUUUGACAGGUUUUCUUUCAAUCGUUCCGUAUUUAUUUACAAAAAGCACCAAAGACAGUAUGAGUUUAGAACACAUGUACAUUAUUGGACGAUAUUCAAGGUAACGGGUUGCACGGCUGACGUCUUACUCGAAUAUGUUCAACGCUUUAUUCCCGAGGGUGUGGGAAUGAUUGUUACAAGGGUAUGA